UCUUUUUUCAAUUGCCAACGCAGAAGAAAGAAACAAUCUUUCUAGGGAGAGAGAAAGAUCUAGAGAGAGAUGGCCACAGGAGCUGCUUCCGAUGGGCUUCUCCGGUACUUCUACGAAGGCUGCAUCUCUUCCGGUGAUACCGGGAUCCAACGCCGUCCCUACCACCGCAACUGCGGUUGUGCUUUGCACAAUAAAGGGAAGAAUUGCCCGCACGGGUUGAAUAAGGGGAAGAAUGUGUCGUACCCGAUUAGAAGGUCUUGGAGUGAAGGAAGCUUGGUGUUGGCUGCCGCGAAUUCUUCUUGCCAUUCCUCGCCAUCUUCUUCUCCGGCUGCUGUGGCGGGGCCAGCGGCAGAGACUGGGAAUCGGAGGUAUCAAUUGGGAUCUUGUAACGAUUUGGGAUCUUUAAUUGAAGAAGAUGAAGAUAUUGUUUUUUUCAAGGUUUGAGUUCUGGGUUUCUUUUUUGAAUUAUGCUUUUGGAAAAAAAAAACCCUAAUCCCCAAAUUGGAGAUUUGAAGAUUCAAUUUUGAUCAAACAAUGCCCCUGAUCAGAUCAAAUUUGUGUAUGUGAUGUUGAGAUCUGGGUUUUGGCAGUUCUGUAAUAGUGUAAAUUUCAAUAUCAAAAGUAUGUACAUGCCAUUUGUUCUUCC